AUGCGGAGUGUGAUUCAACAACGGGGCUUUUGUAAAAGCCAAAUCACACGGGCGCAUAAUAAUGCCCUAAAAUUUGUGGAUGACAUUCAAUCAGUGGACACAAUUGUGGUGCGCCUGUCCCAAAUCCAAGACAAUUAUUUGCGGUUUGUGCGACAUUCGGAAGAGCUGUACGCCUUCCAAUCGGAGUCGGAUUGGGAGAAUCCGGACGACGAUUUUGAUGCCUAUGAGGAGAAACAUUACGCUGCACACGCAAUUCUAAGCAACACUCUGGAGGAGUUACGGCGUGAUCAAACGUCUAACAAUAUUUUGGCCACUGUUCAGGCAGAAGAUGCGCCCCAGAGGAGCCAUGUGGAUUUCCAGUUUGAGCGAAUCAAACUCCCAACCUUUUCCGGGAAUUAUGAGGACUGGAAAAAUUUGUCGGAUAUGUUUACGGACUCGAUUGCUUCCAAUUCGAGCCUGACAGAUUUUCAACGAUUUCGUUAUCUCAAAUCGUACCUAUCCGGAGACGCGCUCAAUUUAGUCAAACAUAUUCCUGUGACUAAUGAGAACGAUCGGGAGGCAUGGGAUCGGCUUGAGCAGCGAAAUAACAAACAAUCGCUAAUUAUUCGAUCAUUCCUCAACAGUUUCAUGACCCUUCCCAGUGCUACGUCUUCUAAUCUCAGCACAGUGCGGAAACUGGCCGAUGGCGCAGAUGAAGUUAUUCGUGGUUUGCGAGCCCUUGACUGCGAAGAGAGGUAUCCUUGGCUAAUCUUCAUCCUAUUGUCUAAAUUGGAUACCGAUACCUGCCAAGCUUGGGCGCAGUGCGCAGACUCCGAGGGAAAAGCCACAACGCACCACGCAGAUACGCAUCCUAGACGAGAAGAACCCAAAUGCACAUCGUGCCAGCAAAAUCAUCAACUGUUCAAGUGUCCUCAGUUCAACGGACUCGACAUCGCAGCUCGCCGGGAGUUUCUCAAGACGAAAAAGCUAUGUUUCAAUUGCCUCAGCCCAAGUCACAUGGCGGGUAACUGUACAUCGAGACAUACUUGUCGGAUUUGUCGCCGCAAGCAUCACACCCUGGUACACCCUGGCUCGGCGCAGCCAACUCAAAACGGUAACUACUUGGAAAGAGCCCGUACGGACAGCCGCGAUCGUCCAUCAACCUCACAAGCGGCAUCUACAAUCGGCCAGAAUCAACCGCCUGGUCAAGAGAUUCAUCAAUCAGGGAGUUUACCUCCCGCGGAAAAUAACUUCACGCAUCAUACGCUGGAGAAUAUUUCAGCUGCAGGUUCGCAGACUCUGUUGCCAACCAUCCUUGCAGACGUCGUCGACGCCUGGGGAAAUACUACAACCUGCAGGCUGCUCUUGGACACUGGGUCCACAAUCACCUUGGCGUCGGAAUCAUUUGUCCAGCGAAUAGGCGUACGUCGAACGCACGCCCGGAUUUCUGUACUCGGUCUCGCAGCCAACAGCGCUGGCGUUACCCGAGGAUGCGCACAUAUCAAGCUGCGCUCUCGUCAUUCGGACCAAACUGUCGAACUGGUCCCGUUUAUUCUCAAUUCGCUGACAUCAUCACUUCCGGCCCAGGCUAUUGACACCUCAUCUUCUACGUGGAAGCAAAUCUGCGAGCUUCCUUUGGCAGAUCCCUCAUUCUGCACGCCAGGAUCCAUCGAUGUCAUCGUUGGAUCAGAUCAACUCUGGUCCCUGUAUACUGGAGAACAAAAAUGCUUUGCUAACGACGCUCCUAUCGCUCUGAAUACUGUUUUUGACAAGAUGGUGCGUUCUUUCAUGGAGAUGGAUAAUAUAGAGCCUAGCCAGGCUCUUUUGGACGCCAACGAUCCCACAGAGCGUCAUUUUGCUGCCACCCACACGCGCUUGGAGAACGGGGUUUACGUCGUCGAGUACCCCUUCAAGGAGCAUGCGCCGCCUGUUGAUUCAACUUUACCGCAGGCCAUCAAUAGCUUUCUCUCGCUGGAACGCAAAUUUCGUCGAUCUCCAGACUUGAAGCAGCAAUACGAAGCAUUUCUGGACGACUACUUGCGACGCGGUCAUAUGGAACAGCUGACAUCGGCUCAAAUGGAUGAGUCCCCAGACACCUGCUUCUAUCUGCCGCACCACGCUGUCAUCAAACUGGACAGUUUGACUACGAAAUGUCGCGUAGUUUUCGAUGGAUCGGGAAAGGACAGCUCUGGAAUGUCUCUCAAUGAUCGACUUCAAAUUGGCCCGCCCAUUCAACGCGAUCUUCUCGGCGUUUGUUUACGUUUCCGGCAGCACCCAUAUGUUUUCUGCGCGGAUAUCGAGAAGAUGUUCCGAGGAAUUCAAGUCUUCAAGCCGCACACCAAUUAUCAGCGCAUUGUUUGUCGCAAGAACGGGAAUGAACCACUGCUUCAUUUUCGCCAGUUGACGGUCACCUACGGAUUGGCGCCGUCCCCAUUUCUGGCUGUUCGAGUUCUCAAGCAACUAGCUGAGGAUCACCGCCACGAGUUCCCCGCUGCUGCCCACGCACUUCUACACGACGCUUAUGUAGAUGAUAUCCCAACAGGGUGCAACUCAUUCGACGAGCUCAUGAUUCUCAAAAAUGAGCUGAUUCAACUGUUGCAUAAGGCGCAAUUAAAACUACGGAAAUGGAGUUCCAACAGUUGGCGUCUUCUAAAGUCAUUGCCAGAAGAGGACCGAUGCUAUGAGCCUAUCCAGCUCCUCAACAAAUCAGCUGCGGAUUCACCAAUCAAAAUUCUUGGCAUCCAAUGGAAUCCCGGAAAGGACGUCAUGUACCUCAAUAUCAAGGAGUGCGAUCCGACCAUUUCUCCGACGAAAAGAGAACUCUUGUCGCAGCUAUCGAGAAUCUAUGACCCGCUUGGAUUGGUCACAGUUCUACUCAAGCUCAUCUUCCAAGAAAGCUGUACAAGUGUUCUGCAAUGGGAUGACCCGAUUCCUGAAACUCUACGCUCGCGCUGGAAGGCCUUGGUGGAGGAUUUGCCGACACUUACGCAGUGUCAAGUACCACGAUACAUUGCGUCACCAUUCCAAGACGUUCAACUACACGGAUUCGCCGACGCAUCCGCGCACGCCUAUGCUCCCCCACGAAAGUGGAACACAUACGUCUGCAACCGAACGGCUGAGAUCCUGAACGACUUUCCUCGCAGCUGCUGGAAUCAUCUCCGCACAGAGGACAACCCUGCCGACUGUGCUUCUCGAGGACUUCAUCCGUCCAAGCUUCUGGAGCAUCGACUGUGGUGGAAGGGUCCAUCAUGGCUGGCCACACCGCCCUCUGAUUGGCCACCGUCUACAAGCAAGAAUCCGGCACCAUUCCUUACAUCCGAAGAGUUGCAGGCCGCACGAUGCCGACUCAUCCGACACGUGCAACAAAAUGUCUUUGCCAGAGAAUAUGCGCAGCUAGAGAAUCGACGCCCGCUUAAUGCUAAAUCGCAUUUAAUUCGGUUCUCCCCAUUUCUGGACGAUCAUGGAAUUAUGCGAGACGGUGGAAGAAUCGACAAAUCUACAAUCAACUUCAACGCCAAGCAUCCAAUCCUAAUACCAAAGGAUUCACCACUAGCUGGACUCCUGGUUCGACAUUUUCACGUUUCACAUCUACACACUGGAGUUGAUGCUACGUUCACCAAUCUUCGUCAGCAGUACUGGAUUCUGGGUGCACGCAAUCUGGUCAGAAAGGCAGUUUUCCAAUGCAAACGCUGCUUUCUUCAACGCAAAGGCACCAGUAACCAGAUCAUGGGAGAGCUGCCAAUCCCUCGAGUUCAGGCUAGUCGCUGUUUCCAACAUACAGGGCUGGAUUACGCUGGACCGAUCACCAUAAAGGAAUCAACAGGACGAACUCCACGGAUCGGAAAGGCAUGGUUCUCUAUCUUUGUCUGCCUAACUACAAAGGCAAUCCAUAUCGAGGUCGUCAGUGAUCUGACUGCAAAGGCCUUCAUCGCCGCCUUUCAACGAUUUAUUGCCCGACGAACAAAGCCCACCGAUCUGUACUCGGACAACGUAACCACAUUUCAUGGCGGAAAGCAAACUUUGGACGACAUGCGACGGCUAGUCAUCGAACAAUCUAAAGAUGAGGAAUUGGCUGGAUUCUUCGCCAACGAAGGCAUUUCUUGGCACUUCAUACCCCCAUCUGCCCCUCAUUUUGGCGGAAUGUGGGAAGCCGGCGUUCGUUCCAUAAAACUUCAUAUGCGACGGAUACUUGGAUCCAAGGCUCUUACGUUUGAGGAACUAGCGACUGUUUUGACCCAAAUUGAAGCCAUCCUCAACUCUCGCCCACUGUGCCCAAAUGGGGAUAAUUCGUUGGACCCGCUCAUUUCCUGA